GUGGAACACAGCCAACAGACCGACCCAGACCAUCAACUCUCCCACCUGAACCUGUCGUGGUGGAACACAGCCAACAAGACCUACCUGGGCCAUCAACUCCACAGUCAGCUGUGAAUCAUAUCACUGUGCCCAGUUUUACGCAUCAACAGAGCAAGCGUUUGUGUUUGCCUGGAGCGCAGGUGUGCGGAACCAGCUCAGCCAUGACAUUCCUCCGCAGGUUGCAAUGGAACGACUCCUCCGUUCUAAUCCAUCCCCCCGGGUUCUACAUCAUCUGCUUCACCUCCCUGCCUUUUGCCAACCUCUACUUCAUCUUCCUCGCUUUCGUUUACGUGGUGUCAGUCGUGUUCAACACAUUUGUGAUCUAUAUAAUAUCCGUGGACCUUCGCCUCCACAAUCCCAAGUAUAUCGCGGUUGGUAACCUCGCGGUGGUUGAUCUGGUGCUGAAUACUUGCAUUAUUCCCGGUAUGCUAAAGGCGUUUCUUGUUAAGAGCAAUUUUGUGCCGUUUAAUCUGUGUAUGGUACAGAUGUAUGUGUAUUAUUCCUUCAUAUCUAUGGAAUCGUUCUCCAUCGCUGUGCUCGCCUAUGACCGUAUGAUCGCCAUAUGUUUCCCUCUGAGGCACGGCUCCAUCAACACCAUGACCAGUAUGUCGUGUAUUCUCGGUGUCAUCUGGUGCUUCUGUCUUGGUGUACCGAUAUUCAGCACAGCCAUUAUGACCAGGCUGUCCUACUGCGAUUCCGUUAACGUCUACAGCUAUUUCUGUGAUUACGCACCAGUGUUUCGGCUGGCAUGUAACGACAACUCCCUGCAAUGGGCUGUGGCUUCAGUUCUGAGCCUGGUUAUCCUCCUCGGCCCACUGUCCUUCAUCAUUCUGUCAUACAUGAGUAUUCUAAUCGCUGUGUUCAGGAUGAAAAGCGUUGAGAGUCGCGUGAAAGCGCUGGCCACCUGCACUGAGCACCUCAUUCUAGUGGCAGUAUUCUUCUUUCCGGUUCUGACUAUUUUCAUGGUUGGGUUAUUAGCGCGCAUCAAACCAGACCCUGACCUGCGCGUACUGAGCCUGUCGCUGGCCUCGUGCAUCCCGCCCUGUCUCAACCCCAUCGUCUACUCUCUGAAAACUAAAGAGAUCAAGAGCAAAGUGCUCACCAUGUUCAGGAGAAUUAAAGUUCAAGUAGUUAACGAUUGAUCUUUACGCAUAGGUUGCUACAUAGGUUUGCUACGUGCGUGAAGUUACCAUCAAAUCAAAUGUAUUGGGCUGUCCAUAUCAAGGGGUUGAAAUGGGGGAGGACAUGCAUAUAACUCAUACAUAAUUUAUUUGGUCCUUUCGAAGAUUACAUAUCAUGCACUUGGCGUGUCAUUGCUUAAAAGUGAGUUUAUAAUGAGCAAGCAACGUUUUCAAUCUAUCAUCCGUUUUAUUCUCAACAUUUUAAUUGAUUGUCAUGAUUGUGUCAUGGUUGUCCAUCUGAUGAAGAAGGCCCAUCCACACACACUCCCCCUUGUUAAACACAGAGGUAUCACAUAAAUGACUAUCAAUGAUUUACAUUUCCUUUUCAGCUUUCCUACACAUUCUGAAAUAACAACACAUUUGCUCAUCCUAAUCCUAUGUUAUCAACCAAAUGUAAUCCCUUGAAAUGGGCAUGGUAGGCUCUAUAACUGACUGAAUAUUCCCAACAUCUUCUAGUAAUAAAGCAGAAAAUCCAACACAUACUGUAUCUCUGUAAUGUUUUACAUUGUAAAGAAAUAAAGUGUAUUAUUAUUUUUAUUAUUAUUAUUAUCAUCAUCCUAACCCUGUCAUCAACCAAAUGUAAUCCCUUGAAAUGGGCAUGGUAGGCUCUAUAACCGACUGAAUAUUCCCAACAUCUUCUAGUAAUAAAGCAGAAAAUCAAACACAUACUGUAUCUCUGUAAUGUUUUAUUUUCUGAGUACUUCAACAGGUUUAAAAAGGCUACCUGGUUGAUCCUGUUCUUUUAUCAAUAUGUUCUCAAUAUUUGUCACUAUGUUUUUAUCUGUUUAAAUCCUGAUCUGUGAAGCUCACUGGACUGCAAUAUAUUAUAAGAAAGAUGGUAAAGAAAUAAAGUCUAUUAUUAUCAUCAUGCUUUGUGAAAUACAAGCCUUGGCACAAACUGCAGGGUUAGAAACAAGCUCAUUUUAGGAGUGUAGAACCGUCAGAGAAUAUGUGUUUCCUUUGGCAUGUAACCACACUCCACGUAGUGGCUUCCUGUCAUUCAGGGAGGGGGUUGCCUGUUUUGCAUGUUAUUUUAGAAUUAAUACAUGUCUCAUAUCAGUUUGCAAACAAUGUCAAAUAAAACGUUUUAUUAUUGACUUAA